GUAAGGUUAUUAUAGUCUUUAGGAAAAAUUAGUACUACAUUUUAAUAAGAAUGUACAAGCUUGUAUGCAUAAAAAGCAUUGACAUAAAUAAGGGAUAUUAACCUCUAUUCAAAAUUAUAAUGUUUUUAGACGUAAUUAAUUGAUCAAUCGCCAAGUUGACUUGCUGUAAAUGACAAAAUAACGCAGUUUUAGUAAAGAGAUGAUACUUCCUCCGUAUACAAUGUGAUGAAUAAUUAAAGGCAAAAGUACACCUAAUUACACGUACUCUUGGAAGACUUUACUGUUAUUACUGCGGUUAUAGGACUCGGGGUUUCCGGCGAAAUUCAGCCGGAGCCGCCGCCGCCGGUGGAGGCAUAAGGCUGACAAGGAGGUCGGCAAACGCCCCCACAAUGAAUUUGUGGGCGCUUUUCGGGUUCAGCGUCAGGUAGCACAUGAGCAGCUCGUGCAAGUGGUCCCAAUUCGCUCUCACAUCCAUCAAUUUCCGGGCCUCCACCAUCUCCUGCAUCGACCGCCGGAAAUCCAAGAACGGGUCCGGAGAUAUCGUCGAAACGGCGACGCUUCCGCCGACCAGCGCGUCGGGCUCCGUUGGGGAGGAGAAGGAGGUCGAGGCUCUUGAAGACGACGUCGACGAGGAGUCAACGAUGGAGUUCGACCUGCCGGGAGAUGAGAAGAAGAAGCGCCGGGAUGCCUGGACGGCGGCCAGGUCAGGGGCGGCGUCGUCGGAUAAGAAGUCGGGUUCGCCGUCGUCGUCGGUGGUCGAAGAAGAGCGAGCGGGUAAGGAGUUUGGGUUGGGAGAGCAUUCCAUGGUGAAGUCGUAGAGGGAGUUGAAGUUUUUGACGAAGAACGGCCGGCGGUGAUCGGAAGCUUCCGGGAACAGAGAUUUGGCCGGAGAUUUUGACUUGGAGAAACAGAGGCUAAGGUUUCUGCCCAAAGCCGUAUUCGUCAUUGUCCUUUGUUUAUUUACGGAGUAUUUAUCUGUUACAGAUUUACAGCUCUCUGGUUUGGAUUUGCUCUGGUUUAUGAGGAGCAGGGGAAGAUGGUGACCGGGCGAUGGAGAAGGGCGUGUUUGGAUGGGAGAUAUUGAGAGAUGGAACAGUGUGUAAAGGUCAGCCAGCCUAGCUAGGCUGCACACUCUAUCUAAAAAGACACGUUAUUUAAUGUUUGCCGCUCUGCUCUGUAUUUUAAUGCUGUGUCAAGGCUAAUCAAAUGAUA